AUUUAGUUCUCUGUAAGAGUGUUAUUGUGGAUAUGUUGGUUACUUAAAUUUUCAAGUUGGCGUUGGGCUUAAUUGGCAUUAUUAUUUUACUAAUUUUUAUAAUUUAAUGCUGAAGAAGAUUGAUCUUUAAAAUUAUAUAUAACAUGAUUAAAGCAAUAUUAGUAUUUAAUAACCAUGGCAAACCAAGAUUGACUAAAUUCUAUCAGUAUUUUACAGAAGAUAUGCAGCAGCAAAUUAUUAAAGAAACCUUUCAACUUGUUUCUAAAAGAGAUGACAAUGUUUGCAAUUUUCUAGAGGGUGGAAGUUUAAUAGGUGGCUCUGAUUACAAGUUAAUCUACAGGCAUUAUGCGACGCUCUAUUUUGUGUUUUGUGUUGAUUCUUCUGAAUCUGAGCUUGGAAUUCUCGAUCUGAUACAAGUUUUUGUUGAGACAUUGGACAAAUGUUUUGAAAAUGUCUGUGAACUGGAUUUGAUUUUCCAUGUCGACAAGGUUCACUAUAUCCUAAAUGAAUUAGUAAUGGGCGGUAUGGUGCUUGAAACAAAUAUGACGGAAAUACUCUCCAGGAUACAAGAGCAAAAUAAAUUAGAAAAACAAGAGAGUGGAUUAGCCGCAGCACGUGCUGUCAGUGCUGUGAAAAAUAUAAACAUUCCUGCUGGGUUCAAGGACAUGAAACUCCCAGAUUUGCCUCAAGCAAUCAAAGAACUUAAAUUCUGACAAGAGAAUUUACGACUCCCAGCUGGAGCCCCACUUUUAAGAUACACUUAAAUCCUUCCAUUUACAAAAAAAGAACCUGCUUAUCUUUUUCUUCAAGAAAUUAGUUAUCUUCUGUUAACAUUAUCCUAAGUUGUGAUAUUUAUUCAUAGAUAUAUUUAUCUAACGUUGUAUUGAUUAUUUGGAAGUUAUUUUAUACAUGGAGUGCAAUAAAAGAACCAUGUUCAUGUGGAAAUGUGCCUCAAAUUUGAUUAUUGUUAGUGACUGACUUAUUGUAAGUGUAUGAAGACAUGAGUAAUUAAUUAUGGGAUUUUCAGAUCCAUAAUAAAAGUUGUUUCCAAUGGUUUAGAAAAUAAUAUCUUAUCUAUAUUAGUUGUUAAAAUAUGCAUAUCACCUUAUAUGUCAAAUGUACUAAAUAUAUCUCGCUACUGUAUGUAUAUUUUUAUUAUAAACUUGCAUUUAUAAGUUUAUAAGAUAACUUAGCCAUGUGAAUAUGUCUACCUGUGGUGGAAAUGAAAAGCUAGUUGAGUAUAUCUUUAUUAAUCAGUGAGUAAACAUUUCUCAAAUUUCCCUCCAAUUCUCUUAUAUUUCCUUUUUUAAAUCGAUUCUUAUGU